GGGAUUUUUGAUGGGGGAGGGGCAAAUUUUGCCCCCCAUCCCCGUUUCCUACAGGGAAUGGGGAUCCCCACCAAUUAAUAUCAAAUAGCUCCGGUAACAGUAGAGCAUAUGGCUCCGGCGAUAGCAACAGAUGGCUUUGGCGGUAGCAGCAGCAAAGCAGAUGUCUUCGGCAGUAGUAGCAAAGCAUAUAGAUCCAGUAACAUCAGAGUAGAUGGCUUUAGCAACAGCAGAGCAGAUGGAUUUGGCAACAGUAGAGUAGAUGGCUUCAGCAAUAGCAGAGGAGAUGGAUUCGACAGCAAGCUUCGGCAGCAACAACAGCAGAGGAAACUGAGAAGGUGAGAUGGAGUUAAAAGAUGGGUGAGCCGUAGAUAAAGAGAUUGAGAUUGAGAGUGAGACCAUGAGUGAUGAGAAUUAAAAUAAAUUAAGGUUA